AUGGCUGAAGAAGAUCCCAUUACCAUCGAUCAAGUGGAAGCCAUUGCUAGAAGAAAGCUUCCAGCAAAUGUUUACAAUUAUUACUCCUGUGGUGCGGAUGACCAGACAGCGGUGGAGAGAAAUCGAACUGAUUUUGAUCGACUAUUUGUUCUACCCCGUGUCCUUCGUGAUGUCGCUGAAGUGGAUAUAUCGACGGAGUUGCUAGGCCACACAUAUCCUCUCCCCAUUGGAAUCGCUCCCAGCGCAAUGCAAAGACUAGCAGGAGGUGAAGGAGAGAUGGAUGUAGCCCGUACAGCUGCCUCUAUGGGCUUGAACCUCACUCUAUGCUCCAACUCCACCACAUCUUUGGAAGAUGUGAUGUCUAUCAAUCGCGAAAUGGGAUCCACAACACCAUUCUGGUUCCAGCUAUAUCUAGCAACUAAGCUCGAUCUCAGCGUACCUCUUAUCAAAAGAGCAGAAGCUGCGGGGUACGAAGCGCUCGUUCUCACGGUUGACACGCCGAUUCUUGGUAACCGUGUCAAUGAGCGACAGACUCCACUGGUUCUUCCAAAAGGUCUCCACCUGGCCAAUAUUGGAAAUGAUUAUGGAGAAAAGGCAGACAAGCCAACUUCAAAUCGCACCUUAAUGGAUGCGCGUUCGGCAAAGCACGCACGCGAGAUCCGUCGAGCGAUUGGAGACGGGGCAAAUAGCGCUUCUCUUACAUGGAAGGAAACCAUCAGCUUUUUAAGACAGAAUUCGAAGAUGAAAAUCAUUCUGAAGGGAGUCAUGGCGCCGGAGGAUGCCCAGCUUGCUAUUGAGCACGGCGUUGAUGCCAUUGUUGUCUCUAACCAUGGCGGUCGCCAAUUAGAUUGUGCUCCGUCAACUAUUCAAGCAUUGCCUGAAAUUGUUGCAGCUGUGAGAGGGCGAAUUCCAGUCAUUCUAGACGGAGGAAUACGCCAUGGAAGCGAUGUCUUCAAAGCGCUGGCACUCGGGGCUGAUUUUGUGCUCGUUGGCCGACCGGCGUUGUGGGGGCUCGCAUAUAAUGGUCGGAAUGGUGUCGAAACGGUGAUGAAUAUAUUAGAGCGAGAGCUUUCUCGUACCAUGGCUUUGUCUGGGGCUGUGAAUGUCAAGGAUGUUCUCCAGGCGUCGAUGAGGCGCUCUGUGGAAGGUCGAUUGAGCAAGAUUUAG